UAGGACCUGGAUUUUGACAAUGUCCAGAUUUACAUUAUAUCCCUGUUUGCUUUGGAUACACCACUGACUUCUGUUUCUGGAAGACACAGAUAUAGUGCUUAAGCAACCAAAGAUAUUAAACUAACCAUGAAGAAAGUGAUUAUCAAUACAUGGCGCUCUUUUGUAAAUAUUCCCAAUGUGGUUGGACCAGAUGUUGAAAAGGAAAUAACAAGGAUGGAAAAUGGAGCAUGCAGCUCCUUUUCUGAUGAUGAUGACGACAGUGCCUCUAUGUUUGAAGAAUCAGAGAGUGAGAACCCCCACGCAAGGGAUUCCUUUAGAAGUAAUACCCACGGAAGCGGACAACCAUCACAGAGGGAGCAAUACCUGCCUGGAGCCAUUGCACUUUUUAAUGUUAACAACAGCAGCAAUAAGGAGCAAGAACCAAAGGAAAAGAAGAAAAAGAAAAAAGAAAAGAAGAGCAAACCAGAUGAUAAAAAUGAAAAUAAAAAGGACUCAGAAAAGAAAAAGAAGAAAGAAAAGGACAAAGACAAGAAAAAGAAAGAGGAGAAAGGCAAAGAUAAGAAAGAGGAAGAGAAGAAGGAAGUCGUGGUUAUUGAUCCCUCAGGAAAUACAUAUUACAACUGGCUGUUCUGCAUCACCUUACCUGUUAUGUAUAACUGGACCAUGAUUAUUGCAAGAGCAUGUUUUGAUGAACUUCAGUCUGAUUAUCUAGAAUACUGGCUUGCUUUUGAUUACUUAUCAGAUGUAGUCUAUCUUCUUGAUAUGUUUGUACGAACAAGGACAGGUUACCUAGAACAAGGACUACUGGUGAAGGAAGAGCGUAAACUCAUAGAGAAGUAUAAAUCAACCUUUCAAUUUAAACUUGAUGUUCUAUCAGUGAUCCCAACUGAUCUGCUGUAUAUUAAGUUUGGCUGGAAUUAUCCAGAAAUUAGAUUAAACAGAUUGUUAAGGAUCUCUCGAAUGUUUGAGUUCUUCCAGAGAACAGAAACACGGACAAACUACCCAAACAUCUUCAGGAUCUCUAACCUUGUCAUGUACAUCAUCAUCAUCAUCCACUGGAAUGCGUGUGUGUACUUCUCUAUUUCCAAAGCUAUUGGGUUUGGAAAUGACACAUGGGUCUAUCCUGAUGUUAAUGAUCCUGAUUUUGGCCGUUUGGCUAGAAAAUAUGUGUACAGUCUUUACUGGUCUACGCUGACUUUGACCACUAUUGGUGAAACACCACCUCCUGUGAGGGAUUCUGAGUAUUUCUUUGUGGUGGCUGAUUUCCUCAUUGGAGUGUUAAUUUUUGCCACCAUUGUCGGUAACAUAGGUUCUAUGAUUUCCAACAUGAAUGCGGCCAGGGCAGAAUUUCAAGCAAGAAUUGAUGCGAUCAAGCAAUACAUGCAUUUUCGAAAUGUAAGCAAAGAUAUGGAAAAGCGAGUUAUUAAAUGGUUUGACUAUCUGUGGACCAACAAAAAAACAGUGGAUGAGAGAGAAGUCUUGAAAUAUCUACCUGAUAAACUAAGAGCAGAGAUCGCCAUCAAUGUUCACUUAGACACAUUAAAAAAGGUGCGCAUUUUUGCAGACUGUGAAGCUGGUCUGUUGGUGGAGUUGGUCUUGAAAUUACAACCCCAAGUCUACAGUCCUGGAGAUUACAUUUGCAAGAAAGGGGAUAUUGGCCGAGAGAUGUACAUCAUCAAGGAAGGCAAACUCGCCGUGGUGGCUGAUGACGGGAUCACUCAGUUUGUAGUAUUGAGUGAUGGCAGCUACUUUGGUGAAAUCAGUAUCCUUAAUAUUAAAGGUAGCAAAGCUGGCAAUCGAAGAACAGCCAAUAUUAAAAGCAUUGGCUACUCAGAUCUAUUCUGUCUCUCAAAAGAUGACCUCAUGGAAGCUCUAACUGAGUACCCAGAUGCCAAAGGUAUGCUAGAAGAGAAAGGGAAGCAAAUCUUGAUGAAAGAUGGUCUACUGGACAUAAACAUUGCAAAUGCUGGAAGUGAUCCUAAAGAUCUUGAAGAGAAGGUCACCCGAAUGGAGAGCUCAGUAGACCUCCUGCAAACAAGGUUUGCUCGGAUCCUGGCUGAGUAUGAGUCAAUGCAGCAGAAACUGAAGCAGAGGCUAACCAAGGUUGAGAAAUUUCUGAAACCACUUAUUGACACAGAAUUUUCAGCUAUCGAAGGAUCUGGAACUGAAAGUGGGCCCAAAGACUCUACACAGGACUGAAAAGCUGGUUUUUCAUAAGGACAUUCCUCAGGAUCCUUUUGGUGAUGUGAUGAAGGUACCUGUAAGCUGGAAGACAAGGAUGACUCAGCUGGGAAUUUUUCCAUAGGGAAAAUGUGCUUUGGUACAGGGCACAAAGCCAUACAUUUGCUUGUGAGGUACUGUAGCUAAAGAAUCAUCACACUUAGAAUUUUUCACAAUGGAUAACCUGCAAAGAUAGGAACCAAUUAACUUGUCAGCAUCUCUUAUCUUCUAAUUUUUUCACAUAUGGUCCUUUUAUGUAACACUCUUUAUAAAAGUGAACAAGCAUCUCUCACUUUCAGACAAUUUAUAUUGCUCAGGGGCAACUGAAAAUUAUCAUGUACCUCAUGUUCAGGAUACUAUUUAAAAAGAAUUAGA